UUCAUAUCUGACGUGUAGGAUUGCCCUCGUUUUAGGGUUUCGCUUAUAAGAAAGACAAGGCCGUCGAAAGUAGAUGCCUCGUUUCUCAUCUCAAAUAACUUUGUAUCUGUAAUCUUUUGAGUUUCCAGACCUAAUCUCAGUUUCCAAUUGAAUCAUGAGUUUGACGUUUGAAGAGGAGAUGAAGCUGUCUCCAAUAAAAAGUCCCAAACUGAUGGUAGAAGAUACGGAAAAGACGGUGGUGUUAGAAGGUUUGGAGAAGACGAUUCAAGGGAGGGAGCAGACCUUUGUUUUGUGCUUUCCUAGCGCCGUGGUUUAUAAAGAUGUUGGCGAAAUCUUGAUGGAAUUUGAGAAGAUCAGUUUGAAAUUAAUAAGGAUCAGAUUAGUAUGCGCCACAGAAAAGUUUUUUAUUCAAUUCUUCGCCAUGGAAGGUAGAAACAUUUUGCCCAAUGUUACUCCAGCAAAGUUUUGUCCCUAUCCUUUUGUAGCUAUGGUAGUGGAAGGUGAAGAUGCUAUUAGUAAAGUUCAUCAGCUAACAUCAACGGCUGAGAGAUAUCCCUUUCUGAUACCUGCUGUGCGUGCUUAUAGCAGUGUCACACCUGAUAGUGUGGAAGAAGAUUGUAGAUUGUGGUUUGGUAUUGACUCUGCAAACUGGAUAGAAGAAGCAAAAGAAAGUAAUCUUCUGGCAGUCGCACUCCCAGGUGGCCAAACAUUUGGCCCUGUUGAAACAGUGUUGGAGAAGUUAGCUGAACAGUGUCACCUGAAGUACGAGUACUUCAAGGAACAGAAUUUAGCCAGCAGUUCCGAUCUCUACAGCAGUUUCUACAGCAAUUUCUACAAUGAAGAUCUGACAUUCGUCUUAAUCAGGCCUAUGGCUUUUGAAAAGGGAUGUGUGGGUCAUCUGCUAUCCAUUAUUGAGAACACGUGUUUGUGCUUCAGAGGUAUGGAUUUGGUAAAGAAACCUGAAAAUCCUAUUGGCGAUGCAUGGCCUGCUGAUUCUUGUUCCUCACAUGAAAAGGAUGAAUAUGGCAUUGCCUUGCUUAUUGAAAAUUUUUACUAUAAUGAUGUACAAUUAAACACGAGUUGCAGCGAUGCUGGUAUGCUGAUUGACACAAGCAAAGAGAAGGUUGGAAUUUUCAGCGACCUAAUUUACGUAGGCAAGCCUGGUAUGAUUGGUGAUUAUUUCAAAUGCGGUACUGUUUCCUGGGUGGAUUCCAGCACUGGUGCUGUCUGUGGUGGUUAUUUUUUGACAACCUUGUCGAGCCUCCAAUUUUAAGAUGACUAAGCAUGAUGUGUUCUUAUCGGGUAUAUCUAUUGUCUCUGAAUUGGGAAAUGCCGUGUAUUACUCAUUUUCUCUAUGUUUGGAACGAACUUAAUCAUUUUCUCCAUGUUUGGAACGAACACAAAUUCCGAGCACGAUUAAAUAAAUAAAUAGACUUUUCCCUUUUUUUGGUCUGUAAA